AUGGAAGGAGUCAAUUAUUCCAGGGUGUCUGAAUUUGUGUUGUUAGGGCUAACUGAUUCUCCUGAGCUCCAGGCUUUCUUUUUUGUGGUAUUCUCUAUUUUUUAUAUGAUGACCAUAUUAGGUAAUUGUCUCAUUUUGGUUACAGUUAUAACUACUCCACAGCUUCAUUCUCCCAUGUAUUUCCUGCUCAGCAACCUGUCUUUCAUUGACAUGUGCCUGUCCUCCUUUGCUACACCUAAGAUGAUCAUGGACUUUUUCACCCAUCAUAAGACCAUUUCUUUUGAAGGUUGCAUCUCUCAAAUCUUCUUCUUGCAUCUCUUCACUGGCACAGAGAUUGUUUUGCUUAUCUCCAUGUCCUUUGAUAGAUAUGUUGCCAUAUGCAAACCUCUCCAAUACUCAAACAUUAUGAGUCAUCGUGUCUGUCUGGGUCUUGUGGUGGUUUCUUGGACAGUGGGCUUCCUUCACACAAUGAGUCAGUUGGCCUUCACCCUCUAUUUGCCAUUCUGUGGUCCAAAUGUUGUAGACAGUUUCUUCUGUGACCUUCCUUUGGUCAUUCAACUUGCCUGCAUAGAUAUCUAUGUCCUAGGGCUCUUCAUGAUUUCAACUAGUGGCAUGAUUGCUCUGGUCAGCUUCCUGCUCUUGCUUACCUCCUACAUCAUUGUCCUGGUCACUAUCAAGAAGCAUUCCUCUGGUGGAUCAUCGAAGGCACUUUCUACCUGUACUGCACAUUUUAUAGUAGUGUUCAUGUUCUUUGGACCAUGCAUCUUCAUCUACGUGUGGCCCUUUACCAACUUCCUUGUGGACAAGGUUCUCUCUGUGUUUUAUACUAUUUUCACACCUUUCUUGAACCCACUUAUCUAUACUCUGAGGAACCAAGAAGUAAAAGCCGCCAUGAGGAAAAUGAGCAAUCAAUAUUUGAAAAACAGCAACGUGGAUGUUCUUGUAAGAAACAUUUUUAUGGCAUCCACCUACAUGGAAGAACCAGAAACUUCACUCCUUGCAUUUUUAUUAAAAGUUUCCGCUUCACUUCAGUUCAAAAAUGGCAGGUGCAAACUACAAGAACAUGGAGACUCAUACCAGGUGAAAUCUGUGACGACUUACGAGGUCUGCUGCCCACCAUUACAGCAGUUCAAUCUUAAGAGUUCUUUAAGAUGA